GUUCAUUGUAUCGUAUCGUAUGUUUAGUAGUAGUAGAAGUAGUAUGAGCACUUAGAUUUACAUUUACAUUUAGGCCCCAAGAAAUCAGUAGAAUUUAGAAUUAGUGUGGUGAUCUAAAUAGACAUAUAUUACUUUGUAAUUAUCAAUCAUUAUUAUGUUGUAAAACGGAAUGCAAUAGUUGGUAUUUAAUUGAAUGUAAGUUCGGUUAAAUCCUAAUUUUUAGGCCUAACUACGAUGAAGCAUCGAUCGAUGAAGCAAUAUAUUUCUACUGUUGAAUCGUUGCUAUGACUAGAGAUUACCAAAGUAUUUGUUUGAAAGAUAAUGUCUGGUGAUCAUAAAACUGUAAUCAAAGGCAAUCCUUCCCAGUACGUUAAACUAAAUAUUGGUGGUUCAUUGCACUACACAACGAUUGGAACACUAACCAAACAUGACACUAUGCUUAGAGCUAUGUUUAGUGGAAGAAUGGAGGUUCUGACUGACUCUGAAGGGUGGAUUUUGAUUGAUCGCUGUGGAAAACAUUUCGGAGCAAUUUUGAAUUUUCUUAGAGACGGUUUAGUACCACUUCCAGACAACUGCAAAGAAAUGGCUGAACUACUUGCAGAGGCUAAGUAUUACUGUAUAUCUGAGCUAGCUGGUGCCUGUGAACAAGCUUUGCUAAAAAAAGAACGAGAGGCAGAGCCAAUAUGCAGAGUGCCUCUGAUAACAUCUCAAAAAGAGGAACAGAUUCUGAUCAAUUCAACUCCUAAACCCGUAGUCAAACUACUUAUCAACAGGCACAACAACAAAUAUUCAUAUACAAGCACAUCUGAUGACAAUUUGCUCAAGAAUAUAGAGCUUUUUGACAAGUUGUCAUUGCGGUUUAGUGGCCGGGUUCUGUUCAUCAAAGACGUCAUUGGAUCCAGUGAGAUUUGCUGCUGGAGUUUUUAUGGACAUGGUAAAAAGGUUGCUGAAGUUUGUUGUACGUCAAUUGUUUAUGCCACUGAUAAGAAGCACACCAAAGUUGAGUUUCCUGAGGCUCGGAUAUAUGAGGAGACCCUGAACAUUUUGCUGUACGAGAACCGCAAUGCCCCAGAUCAGGAGCUAAUGCAAGCGACAUCCACCAGGGGCGCUGUCGCUGGAAUGUCUUCUUACACUAGUGAUGAGGAGGAAGAACGAUCUGGUCUUGCGAGACUGAGGUCCAACAAGCAGAACAAUCAGUGAGCGUUGUACAAGCCCGGGCGCUAGGAACAACAGUGCUUUGGGACAAGACCAAUUCUGGGGCGCUAAAUGGUUUUGAUGAGUGAAGAACAGUGUUUUUCAGUAUUUUUACAUGAUAAAAAGGGGUUACUAGUGAUAUUAUGAUUGAAAUGGAAUGAAGAGUUUAUGAUACAGUGUGAUGGGUAAAUAAAAUAACCCGGUGAUUUUUAGACUAAAAUGAUAUUUUGUAAAAUGCUGGAUCAUUACAUUAAGUUUGCUUAAGUGUUUGGAGUUAAGACUCAGGAGAGUUUUGUAUUGUCAGGAUAUACAAGAGCUCAUCGUUAUAAGUGAAGUUGGUAUAGAUCUAGUCUUUGUACAAUCGUCUGUUUCAGUUUUUAGCAUGGACAACAUGAAAAAUUGUAAAUUGUUAUAAACAUAUGGUUCAUAAAAAUAACUUAAUAUUGUGAGUGGUCAGUACAACAUCAAACAGAGACAAAUUAGUGAUUCCAGGGGAAUUAAUUACUCCUAUAUAAAAUUGAAUUUUUAUAAACAUAAGAUCUAUAAUACUAACUAGAUUAAACGAAACCAGUGAUUAAUCCCUUGUAGGUAUGAUAAGAUAAAUAAUUUAAUCAAAAAAAACCUAUCCUCAAUAUAAUGAUUUUAUAAUCCUGUA